UGUCGUUGUUGUGGAGCUCGGCUUUGGCAUCGCUCGUCGGCACAAUCAUUUAGCCACCGGACUUAAGAGUAUAAAAGUUCGGGCAGGCGCUGCAGUUGGCAUCAUUAAACCGUUAACCAUCGAGCAGUGUAGAGUGGUACGGAACGUGUAGAGUUCAGUUCGAUUCCCCUCAAAAAACAUCUGUAUAUAUUGUCGACGGGACACAGUUUCGACGGAUUCCCUCAACUAACAAGUGCAGCGUCAAGGAUAUUACGCCAGCAACAUGAAGUUGAUGCGUACAGCGACAACGCUCGCUCUAGUGCUGUUGCUUGCAACAAGCUAUGCACAGGCAGAGGAAGAGAAGAGUGCCGCUGUGGAAAAGAAAGAAGCUGAGCCUGUAGAGAAGAAGGCUGAGGAAGCUGCUAGUGAGGAUACCACAAAAUCGAAACGUGGACUACAUCACUAUGAGGAUUACCAUCAUCAUCAUGUGCCACACUUCCCUAUCCAUGAGGAGAAGACUCUGACAGUCAUUAAGAAGGUGCCAGUCCCAGUGCCCAUCGAAAAGAUUGUCCAUGUGCCCGUUGAGAAACACGUCCAUGUGCCCGUGAAAGUCAAGGUGCCCAAGCCCUAUCCAGUGGUCAAGCACGUUCCCUAUGAGGUUAAGGAGAUCGUGAAGGUGCCUUAUGAAGUUCCAGCGCCAUAUCCCGUCGAAAAGAAGAUUCCUGUGCCAGUCCAUGUGCCCUACGAUCGUCCUGUGCCCGUCAAGGUUCAUGUGCCCGCUCCUUACCCAGUCGAGAAGAAGGUUCAUGUCCCAGUGAAGGUUCAUGUUCCAGCUCCCUACCCAGUUGAGAAAAUUGUCCACUACAAGGUUGAGAAGCACGUACAUGUCGACAAGCCCUACCCCGUUGAAAAGGUCGUUCACUACCCCGUCAAGGUGCCCGUUGAGAAGCCUGUGCCCUACCACGUGGAUAAGCCAGUGCCACACUAUGUUGACAAGCCAGUGCCUGUGCCAGUGAUCAAGAAGGUGCCAGUCCCAGUUCAUGUGCCCUAUGACCGUCCAGUGCCCGUCCAUGUCGACAAACCAGUGCCUUAUGAAGUGAAAAUCCACGUUCCCCAACCUUACCCCGUGAUCAAGGAAGUACCAGUCAAGGUUGAGAAACACGUUCCGUACCCCGUGAAAGUCCCAGUGGAGAAGCCCGUCCAUGUCCACAUUGAAAAGCACGUCCCAGAGUAUCACGAGAAGCAUGUGACCUACAAGGAGCCUGAGUUUGUGCACAAGCACAUUGAGGAAGAGCAUCAUCAUCAUCAUGAGCCCAUCCAUCACUCAUCCCAUUCAUAUUCGGCUCCCAUUGAGGAACAUCAUGAACAUGAGCAUGAGGUGGAGCAUGACUUUAACUAUCAUGAUUAUCAUUCAUAUCACGGUUACCGUACAGCGACAACGCUCGCUCUAGUGCUGUUGCUUGCAACAAGCUAUGCACAGGCAGAGGAAGAGAAGAGUGCCGCUGUGGAAAAGAAAGAAGCUGAGCCUGUAGAGAAGAAGGCUGAUAGUGAGGAUACCACAAAAUCGAAACGUGGACUACAUCACUAUGAGGAUUACCAUCAUCAUCAUGUGCCACACUUCCCCAUCCAUGAGGAGAAGACUCUGACAGUCAUUAAGAAGGUGCCAGUUCCAGUGCCCGUUGAAAAAAUUGUCCAUGUGCCCGUUGAAAAACACGUCCAUGUGCCCGUGAAAGUCAAGGUGCCCAAGCCCUAUCCAGUGAUCAAGCAUGUUCCCUAUGAGGUUAAGGAGAUCGUGAAGGUGCCUUAUGAAGUUCCAGCGCCAUAUCCCGUCGAAAAGAAGAUUCCUGUGCCAGUUCAUGUGCACUACGAUCGCCCUGUGCCCGUCAAGGUUCAUGUGCCCGCUCCAUACCCCGUUGAAAAGAAGGUUCAUGUCCCAGUGAAGGUUCAUGUUCCAGCUCCCUACCCAGUUGAAAAGAUUGUCCACUACAAUGUAGAGAAGAAAGUGCAUGUCGACAAACCCUACCCCGUCGAGAAGAUCGUUCACUACGCUGUGAAGGUUCCAGUUGAGAAACCAGUUCCUUAUCACGUGGAUAAGCCAGUGCCACAUUAUGUUGACAAGCCAGUGCCCGUAGAGGUCAUCAAAAAGGUUCCAGUUGCUGUUCACGUUCCAUAUGACCGUCCAGUGCCUGUCCAUGUCGAUAAGCCAGUGCCUUAUGAGGUUAAAAUUCACGUGCCCCAACCUUACCCCGUGAUCAAGGAAGUACCAGUCAAGGUUGAGAAGAAAGUUCCGUACCCAGUGAAAAUUCCAGUCGAAAAGCCAGUUCAUGUUCCAAUUGAGAAACACGUCCCAGAGUAUCACGAGAAGCAUGUGACCUACAAGGAACCCGAGUUUGUGCAUAAGCACAUCGAGGAGGAGGAGCAUGAUUCUCAUUCUCAUCAUCAUCAUCAUCAUGAGCCCAUCCAUCACUCAUCCCAUUCAUAUGCGACUCCUAUUGAGGAACAUCAUGAACAUGAGCAUGAGGUGGAGCAUGACUACCACGAUUAUCAUUCAGAUCACGGUUACUAAAAUGGUGAAAUGAACUUCUUUCUCUCACUUCUCUUUGCAGCAUUGAAAAGCGUAAGCGUAGCGGUUAUGAAUGGAUCAAAAUCUAACUAAAUUUCCAUUUCCUUCACAAACAUACUCUUAGAAACAUUUCUAACAUAUUCCAUAUCAUACCAUAUGCCUACCAUUCCAAUUCCACAUUGCUAUGUAGAACGUGAUAACGAUAGAGAUUCAGAUAUCAAUUUUAAUAACGACUAACGUGACGACGAACUUAGUUUUUACUUUAUACACUCAACGAACUCUCUCUUAACUUAGACUAAGCCAUAAAAACAAAACCAGAAAGGAUUCGAAAACAUGAGAAUGAACAAGGAUGACGAUUAACUAGACUUUAUGAACAAGAUACCAUAA